AUGACGACGCUGGAGGCGAGCUCUAACGAACGCCGCGCCGGCGCCGCUGAAACGAUUUCUGAACAGCUCCUCGUUGAGGAACUGGUGUCGUCGGAGUCCGAGGGCGACAACGUUCGCUCGGUUGACAUACAAGCCAUUGCGCGUCGAGUGCAGCGAGCGAAUAGGACUCUGUCCGCUGAAACCGCGGCCACGAUCAGUGGAGAGCAGGAAGAGAAACUUGCCCUCGCUGCAGUGCAUCUUUGGCGGGCAAAGAUGCACGUGCGGCUUUCAAAUCUUUACUCGGAGAAGGCCUGGGAUAGCAAAAAGUUUCCACGUAAAUUUUAUUUGAAGUACAGGGGCUUCGGACCGACACAUCAGCGUAGCGACUUGGUUGAAUUUAGAAAGCUCUACUUGCGGUGUGCGUUAUCCAGCUCCGAGCGUGCCGUUGAAUUGGCACCGUUCUCCUACGAAUGCGUGAUGUUGAAGGCAUGCAUAUUGUGUCUACUCAUUAGUUUCGGAGGAUAUAUGCGCGACAUUUACUGCGAGAAAGCGUUGACGAGUUGCCGGCGAGCAAUGUCGCUGCACCGCAUGCCGCAAAUUGCCGACAACAGAGAAAGAGCCAUCCUGUACAACUCUACGCAAGAUAGAACGAGCGCGCAGGCGACGGAAUCAAGCCGAUCGGAUGCACGUAUGGCGUCCUUGUGGAAUAUGGCCAUUUUCGCCGCUCACACAGUCGCGACGAAACGAGGGUCUUGGGAUGCGGAUACGUUGUGGGCUGACAGACAAAAUUCACUCGGUUCAGGCACAUCGUGUGAGCUGCCAUCAGGCGAUUUACCGACGAGCUCGCUCGAAGAACUCGUUUCAUGGAACAUGUGGGGUAAUAAUUGGACUGGUUUGGGAGAGAAUAGCACGCUGCAGGAUGUACUCGCUGACUGCAAGGAAUAG